GAGAGAGAACUGCUGGUGACUUGGACCAGUUUAUAUCCUGUUGCCAUAAGGGUGCCGUUCUACUAUCACCUCUUUUACUAUUUUCUGAUAAGCUUAAAUCACUUUUUCUUUGGGAGCAUUCAUUGUUUAAAACUUUUUUUGAACGCAUUCGUAAAUAUAAUGGUGCUAUGGCAUUUGCCUCUAUUGUAUCAAAUAUUCAAACACCUUCUGGACGUGGACCAUAUAUAUAUACAAGAUAUCAGGACAAAUUUAUCAUUUCCUUGGUCCGGUACAGCCAAAUACAGAUAAAAUUCCAACCUUUGGAUUCGAUACUUCGGCAAGUGAGCCCUUUUGCACAAGCAUUUCAAAUGAUGCGAGAAGUAUAUCAAAACGAGCAUAAUACUGCAAUAGAACAAGGCCGGCAUCCAAUGGAAGUGCAAAUAGUUUUUGAUAAUGACUAUGAAAAUUUACCUUCCCAUUGUCUUGCAGUGUAUCCACGUAGUGCUCAACUUAAAAAAAUUCCUGUAAUUAAUGCUGACUGUGAUCCGAUAUCAUAUCCUUUGCUGUUUCUGAGAGGUGACAAAGGCUGGCAUCCAAAUAUGUCAAAUAAUAAACAAGAUCAAACCAAAAGAACAAAUAUCUCAAUGCUACAAUUUUAUUGUUAUCAUAUAUUUAAUGAUGAGGAACAAAUUGACAGAGACCAAGAAUAUAGAGCUGCACAAUGUAUUUUGACAAAUAAUUUAGUAACAAACGUUUUUGGUAAUGCUUUGGAAAAUAGAGAUGAGGCCGUCUUACUUUCAACAGUUAUCCUAUGCCCAACAAAUAAAAUGAGCCUUGAAGGUGAAGACCCAACAGAAUUUCCAGAAGAAUUUCUAUACUCACUCACUUCUAAUGGACUGCCGCCAUAUC